GGCUAAGAGAAAGUAUUUGUUUAGGGGGUUCAGAGCAAACCUGGGGACACUGUCUACCUGAGCUAAGGUGUUCCUGAGGAGAACACUGUCCUGAGAGUUCUAUACUCUGCUGAUCUUCUGCAUCUCGCGGGGAAAGAUCUGGACUGCUAUGCAAUUUAUCUUCUAUAUGGGUGUCCUUGCUGGGACAGUUUUCUCUGCUCACUCAUCUGUGCAGACAGAAGACCAUGCUCCGUAUCUGGUAUACCUCAAGUCUCACUUCAACCCCUGUGUGGGUGUCCUCAUCAAAAACAACUGGGUGCUGGCUCCAGCUCACUGCUACUUACCAAACCUGAAAGUGAUGCUGGGAAAUUUCAGGGUCCGAGUGAGAGAUGGCACAGAGCAGACAAUUAACCCCAUUCAGAUUAUCCGCUACUGGAACUACAGCCAUAGCGCCCCCCAGGAUGACCUCAUGCUCAUUAAGCUGGCUAAGCCUGCCAACCUCAACAACAAAGUCCAGCCACUCCCCCUAGCCACCAGCAACGUCCGGCCAGGCACUGUCUGUCUGCUCUCAGGUUUGGACUGGAGCCAAGACAACAAUGGAAGACACCCUGAUUUAAGGCAGAACCUGGAGGCCCCUGUGAUGUCUGAUAAGGAGUGCCAGAAAACAGAGCAAGGGAAGAGCCACAGGAACUCCUUAUGCGUGAAAUUUGUAAAAGUGUUCAGCCGAAUUUUUGGGGAGGUGGCCGUUGCUACUGUCAUCUGCAAAAACAAGCUCCAGGGGAUUGAGGUCGGACACUUCAUGGGAGGGGAUGUCGGAAUCUACACCAAUGUUCACAAAUAUACCUCCUGGAUUGAGCGUGUCACUAAAGAUAAAUGACACCCUACUACUCUCUCUGCAUCCCACUGGCUCUAGUCAUUGACUAUAUAAGCUACUACUUUCUCCAAACUCAAAAUAAAAAUCUCCAAACAGAAAUGAA